AUGAACUCCCUACCUCCUUCUCCGCCCUCCCCUCCCGCAACGACCCAGGAACACACUCCUGGCGACUUCUCGACACCUCCGAGUAGUGCCAAGUCGGACAGCUCUGGUGUCUCCCACCAUGCGGCCGAGCACACGACGCCCUCGCUCCCGGCACAAGCUGCCGAGACGGAGCGACACCCCAAGGGCAAGAGGAAGCGAACGACGGCCCAGGACAAACAUAUUCUUGAGACGGCGUACCGGCAGGACAUGAAACCAGACAAGGCCAAGCGUCUAGCGAUCGUGAAGCAAGUCUCUCUUAACGAGAAAGAGGUCCAGAUCUGGUUCCAGAACCGCAGACAGAAUGACAGGCGGAAACAGCGCCCGCUGACCAGCGAGGAAUAUAUGGCCAUCACGUCGGGGAUCAUGCAGGUCGUGUCGUCAGAUCCACCCUCGCACAGCUCACCGAGAGCCGCCGAGGACAUGGGCCUCUCCUCGUCUCAGUCCUUGCCCCAGCCCACGCCAGAAGAAAGAACCACCACUCCGAUGUCCUCACCCGAUCUUGGACCGUGGCUUCCCGGCAAGUCCUGUGGUUAUCCCGCCGAGUCAAGGCCAGCUGCGGCUCAGCCUGCUGACCCAGCCAUCUCCCAAACUCCUUCACCCCACGACCAGGGACCAGGCCGUGCUCUCCAACUGACCCAGUCAUUUCCAAGCUCUGUCGGUUUCAUCUCAAAUCGCUGGAACGCUAGAAGCUCUUUCUCCACCCCUUCUUCCUUUACCCGCGAAGACAAUGACGACUCCGUCAGACUGGACUCCUUCGCCCCAUCCUCAUGUCCGUCCACAACGGCGACUCCUCUACUACCCGGCAUCCAGCACGCCUCAUCGUCACAGAGCCAGUGUCGGCUCAGCCUUUCACUCGACGGCAAGGCAGAGAUCCGCCUGGGCGGCUCCCCCUCGCCCCCGCGUGCUUCCUCAUCCCGUCUUUCAGACUUGGCGCAACUCUUCGGUCCUGGCCCGGACCCAUUUCUGCGCGGCAGCCAGCGACAAGGCCUUCGACGCACUCAGAGUGCGUAUGAGAAUGUCAAAUUACCGCCAAUUCGAUCGCUCACGGACCAUACCCCAAUUAUGACGCCCUCGGUUCCCCGUCUCAGCCGGGGCCGCUCCCGGGAUGUCACCGCGUGGGAACGUGCCUGUGACAAGGAGAAUCACGAAGACGAAUUGUCCAUCCACGCUAAACAUGAGUCUCGAGGUUCGGCUGUCGCGGCUAUCAGCCUGAUACGAUCCACGAGCAACUCUAGCUCGAUCCUGCAGCCGAACAAUUCGAAGCGCAACACGCCGACGUCGAAACCAUCUGCGCGAUCAGGCGUCAAGAAAUCCAAGUUCAGCCGCGCGAACAGCAGCGUCGCGCGCAUGCAGAGCGCCAUCACCCGAGACUCUCCGUCCUUGAAGCCAGUGGAGCUGGAGCCGGGAAGGGAAGAUGGCGACCCCAAGAAGAUCAAGGUAUCGACCCUGCUGGCCGCCUCUGGAAACGAGUCGGACAAGGAAAACUGGAGCCCCGACGAAGACGGCAAUCCUUCCGUGGCAUCGGCCAUCCGUCACGCGGGCCGCCGGCCGCUGCCCUCUGCCGCGCCCCGCAACCCCAGGCGCACGAUGGGCCGUGUCCUGGACGACAAGAAGGGCCCCGCCUUCCUCUCUGGCCGGGCCAGCACAGCGCCGUCGGGCCGGAAAGCCAAGGGGGCCAUUGGCGGCGGCCAGCUGGAGAUCUUCGAGGAUGGCGGCGGUGGCGGCGGGGCCGAGUCGCGCGGCAGCACGGCGACGACGCGCGACCAGGACGUGGAGCGGUUCAUGCGCGGGGAGGAGGUCAGCCCCAGCAAGAAGCCCGACAUUGACUGUAUCGCUGGCCUGCUGUCCCUUAGCCAGGGACGUUGGCGAUGA